CCGCCGGUGCCCCACUCGCGCGCUCCCCCCGCCGGCGGAAGCGCCCGCGGAGCACAAUGCAGCACUGAGGCAGCGCCGCGCUGCAGGUUGCAGCUCCGAGCCUGCGACAGCGGGGCGCGGGGCGCGGUGGGAAGCAUGAGCAGCCCCUGAGCGGCGGAGUACCCGGCGUGGCGGGGACGGCGGCACCAUGCGGGCUGCGGCUGCGUCCCUACCCUUCGUGCUGCUCUGCGCCCUGGGGACCUGCCCCUGGGUUCGCUGCGGCCCGGCAGGAGACGCCUCUUUGACCAAGCUGCAGAGGGGGAACGAAAACCGCUUCCCGGAGCGCCAGAGCAUCGUGCCCCUGCGCCUCAUCUACCGUUCAGGCGGCGACGACGAAACUCGACACGACGAGCUCAACACGCGAGUACGGGGCGACCCCGGUGGACUGCAGUCGACCCAUGUGGCCCAGGCCAGCUUCCAGGUCAACGCCUUCGGAACAUCGUUCAUCCUGGACGUCAUGUUAAACCAUGACUUGCUGUCCUCUGGGUACAUAGAGAGACACAUUGAACGUGGAGGGAAGAUUGUGGAGGUUAAAGGAGGCGAGCACUGUUACUACCAGGGCCAGAUCCGAGGAAACCCUGCCUCAUUUGUUGCACUGUCAACGUGCCAUGGACUUCACGGGAUGUUCUAUGACGGAAACCAUACGUAUCUCAUUGAGCCCAAAGAAAAUGAGACCUCCCCAGAGAAUUUCCAUUUUCAUUCAGUCUACAAAUCCAGAGUGUUUGAAUUUCCCUUGGAUGAUCUUCCAUCUGAAUUCCAACAAGUAAACAUCUCUCUACCAAAAUUUAUUUCAAAGCCAGGACUAAAAAGGAGUAAACGGCAGCUUCUUCGAUAUCCUCGUAAUGUGGAAGAGGAAACCAAAUAUAUCGAACUGAUGAUUGUGAAUGACCAUCUCAUGUUUAAAAAACAUCGACUUUCUGUUGUACAUACCAAUACCUAUGCGAAAUCUGUGGUGAACAUGGCAGAUUUAAUAUAUAAAGACCAACUUAAGACAAGAAUAGUAUUGGUUGCCAUGGAAACCUGGGCAGCUGACAACAAGUUUGCCAUAUCUGAAAAUCCAUUGAUCACCCUACGUGAGUUUAUGAAAUACAGGAGGGAUUUUAUCAAAGAGAAAAGUGAUGCAGUUCACCUUUUUUCGGGAAGUCAAUUUGAGAGUAGCCGGAGCGGGGCAGCUUAUAUUGGUGGGAUUUGCUCGUUGCUGAAAGGAGGAGGCGUGAAUGAAUUUGGGAAAACUGAUUUAAUGGCUGUUACACUUGCUCAGUCAUUAGCCCAUAAUAUUGGUAUUAUCUCAGACAAAAGAAAGUUAGCAAGUGGUGAGUGUAAAUGUGAGGACAUGUGGUCCGGAUGCAUAAUGGGAGACACUGGUUAUUAUCUACCAAAAAAGUUCACCCAGUGUAAUAUCGAAGAGUAUCACGACUUCUUGAAUAGUGGAGGUGGGGCCUGCCUGUUCAACAAACCUUCUAAGCUUCUUGACCCUCCUGAGUGUGGUAAUGGCUUCAUUGAGACUGGAGAGGAGUGUGAUUGUGGGACAUCUACAGAAUGUGUCCUCGAAGGAGCAGAGUGUUGUAAGAAAUGCACGUUGACACAAGACUCUCAGUGCAGUGAUGGUCUCUGCUGUAAAAAGUGCAAGUUUCAGCCUAUGGGGAUGGUGUGCCGAGAAGCAGUGAAUGAUUGUGAUAUUCGUGAAACCUGCUCAGGAAAUUCAAGCCAGUGUGCCCCUAACGUUCACAAGAUGGAUGGGUACCAGUGUGAUGGGGCUCAGGGAAUUUGCUUUGGAGGAAGAUGUAAAACCAGGGACAGACAAUGCAAAUAUAUCUGGGGACAAAAGGUUAUGGCGUCAGACAGAUAUUGCUAUGAGAAGCUGAAUAUCGAGGGGACCGAGAAGGGCAACUGUGGGAAAGACAAAGACACUUGGAUACAGUGCAACAAACGGGAUGUGCUUUGUGGCUACCUUUUAUGCACUAAUAUUGGCAAUAUCCCAAGGCUUGGAGAACUGGAUGGUGAAAUCACAUCCACUUUAGUCGUGCAGCAGGGAAAAACAUUAAACUGCAGUGGUGGGCAUGUUAAGCUUGAAGAAGAUAUUGAUCUUGGCUAUGUGGAAGAUGGGACGCCCUGUGGUCCCAAAAUGAUGUGCUUGGAACAUAGGUGUCUUUCGAUGGCAUCCUUCAACUUCAGUACUUGCUUAAGCAAUAAAGAAGGCACUGUUUGUUCGGGAAAUGGAUUCUGCAGUAACGAGCUGACGUGUGUAUGUAACAGGCACUGGACAGGUGCGGACUGCAGCAUUUACUUCCCUUAUGAUGAGGAUGCAAAGACUGGAAUCACUUUGUCUGGCAAUGGUGUUGCUGGUACCAAUAUCAUCAUAGGUAUAAUUGCUGGCACCAUUUUAGUGCUGGCUCUCAUAUUAGGAAUAACUGCCUGGGGAUAUAAAAACUAUCGAGAACAGAGACAGUUACCCCAGGGAGAUUAUGUAAAAAAGCCUGGAGAUGGCGACUCUUUUUAUAGCGACAUUCCUCCUGGAGUCAGCACGAACUCCGCAUCUAGCUCUAAGAAGAGGUCUGCCUUUCUGUCGCAUUUUCAGAUUUCUACCUGUUCCAUCCCACAUUAUUCCAUUAGUCAGAACAUUUCAUUAUUUUGCAGCAGGUCAAAUGGCCUCUCUCAUUCUUGGAGUGAAAGGAUUCCAGACACAAAACAUAUUUCAGACAUCUGUGAAAAUGGACGGCCUCGAAGUAACUCUUGGCAAGGUAACCUGGGAGGCACCAGAAAGAAAAUCAGAGGCAAAAGAUUUAGACCUCGAUCUAAUUCAACUGAGAGGGAGCCCCAAGCACCUGAGCCUGGGCACUCCCUCGCCCAGACAGUCCCAUCCCAAGGCAUAAGCCCAGGGGGCUCUGACAGCCCCCAGACAGGGAGUCUGGAUCACAGGACUCUAUCUCCUGCCAAGUCUCCUUCCUCAUCAACUGGGUCUAUUGCCUCCAGCAGAAAAUACCCUUACCCAAUGCCUCCGCUUCCUGAUGAAGAGAAGAAAGUGAACCGACAAAGUGCCAGGCUAUGGGAGACAUCCAUUUAAGAUCCACUGUUUACAUGUGACACAUCGAAACUGUUUACUUCAACUUUUAUAGAAACCCAGCCUCAUGGAAUCACUACAAAUCUUUCUGCUCUUCAGAUAGUACGAAGACCCUCUGAGAUGCCAUAGAGAAGAGGGAGCCACUUCUCACAUCUGGAUAUCAUUUUCUUUUUGUCAUUGGUUUAGGAUUUAAUUGAACCAUGAAAUGAACUACUGCAGUUUUACACUCUAACAUGGAACUGGUACUGGUAUGUUCAUGGAUAAUCCGCAUGACAGAUAUAUGUAGAAAUAUUAAUAAAAUUAACUCACAUGACCCAAAUGUAGCAAGUUUCCUAAGGGACAGUAGUGGAUUCAGAACCUGACCUUCUGAAGCACAUCCUCAUUGUAAACAAUAAUGCUAUAUGCAUGAAGCUUCUACUCAUUGUUUUCCAUAAUUAAGGAAACAUCCCAUAAUAGACACUAGCAUGCAGGGCUAAAGCACAUAGGAUUUUUCUGCAGAACUUAAAUCCUUGAGAUGCCAAUAUCCCAUAUGCUAACUUUAGACAUGUAUUUUUAUUUUUGUUUUUACUUUUCAUAUUUGUAUCAGCAUUCAAGGACAAUUGUACAUAUGUAAACAUUUUUAAAAUUCAAAAAAGCAGCUGUUACACACAAGUGUAUUUUGCCAAAUGCCUAAAAAUAGUCACAAUCACAUCAUUGUCCUCUGUCCUGUGGUCUUCAACACGUACAAGCAGAUGAUGUAAAUAUAGUGGUCAGUGUUGUAGUGUGUAUCUCCUUAAAUGGUAUCUGUCUAAAAGGUGGUAUCUCCUAAACUGUGUAACAGGAGGCAGUUUUACAGAGUGACUCAGUGAGAGAACAGAAUACCCAGUAAAAUACCAGCUGCCAUAGCUUGCUGAAGCAAAAGGCCAAUAGUGUAGCUGCCUUGGGACACUCUGUGGCCAACUGGCUGCUCCCUGGGGAUCAGUCUAUUCAUUUCUCUUCUGGGGGCUCACCAUGUCUGCCUCAGUGGCUUUUUCAUUACCAGAUCACAUCUGCUAGUCUCACCUGAAGGCCGGUGAGCCCCCAGCCAUGUGUGCUGCUGAGAUUAGGCAGAUGCGCCAAAGACACCUGAGACCUGGUAGCAUCCAUAUUGCCGAUACUCCAGCCCUUUCUGGCCUGAAGUUCUGGCUCCUUAACAAAGCUUUCAGCCACCCUUCUCUAUGAAAGGAAUGACUUGUAAUAGCAACAUCUUUACACUGUCCUUAUAAGGACAUUUAUUAUCACUGGGACUGAUGCCCAGCAGGUCUUCCUGCAUUGACUUUGAAGCAAGAUGAUGGACAUUUCCACUGUCUGAGCUUGGAACCCUCAAUGUAAGGCAUAAAGGGUUAAAUAAAAUUGAAAGCAGUACUGAUGCAGCUGCUGUGAAGUUACCCAAACAGCUGGCAGGGGCAGGAAUCUGAUGUUUUGAGCCCUGUAAUUUUUAAUCUUUAGAACAGUGAAAAUUAUGUUUAAAUCCCCCCUUUUAAAACCAAAGUCUGAUGCUGAUGUAUGCAUCAAACUUAUUUCAAAAGAAAGCUACUCUGACAAGAUCGGAAAUCGAUGGGACCAGUCACAUGGUCUGCCGUGAAGUUUUCUGAUUGCCUCUUUUUUUCUUGAGAGGAAUGGAGUCAGUAGAUGAGAUUUCAGAAAUGUUCUCUAGAUUUGAUUUCUUCUAGUCAUUUCCAUGGACAAAAUCCAUUCCACCUCCAUGUAUAUAUCAUCGUGGGUGCCCAAACUGAAGGGCCAAGUUAGAUACUCUGUAUUCAUGUCUUCUACAGCAGGCCUCUCUUCUGAAAGUCCUUGAAAAUGUUUGAAAAGCAGUUUAAUCAUCCAGAAUCAUACAGUGGAAUACAGCAUCUUUCAUGAUAGGAAGAGAUGUGAUUGGUUAAACCUCAGUAAAGCCACAUUUCAGACCAGGCUGGGUGAGUGUCGGUCAGUGUUGUUACGUAGCUCCAGCCAAGGACAGAAGGGCACACAGAUUGAAAGACAUAGCAAACGAAGCGACUUUUGACCAAGAUCACUUUAAAUGUGCACUGAAUGUUUUCUGGUAUUGUGUGUAUAAAAGGCUAAUAAGAUUUAUUUUGACUAUAAAAGUGUUUAUAGAUUUGAAUGUAUAAGGUGCCUCAUGUAAAUAUGCUUCCUAGUUAUUGUUACACAAGCCCUAGUUUGAAGGAAUCCAUAAAUGGCUAGUUAACUGAUUAUCUACCUACCUAUUUAUCUUUUCUUACCCUCUCAAUUAUUUUUACCUGAAAUUAAUAUUUCACAUGAAAAUCAUUACAGCGUGCCUUUUAGGAAAUAUGGUUGUUCAAGAAGUAUAUUGUUUGUAAUCAUACUCCUUGGUAACAAUCUUCACAUGGAACUAAAUGAAAAGGUAUUUUUGUUUUAUUUCCAGAGAUUGUGAUUUUAUAAAUACAGUAGCUUUAAUGUUUUGUUCUGAGCAUCUGCUCUGUCUCCCAUGUUUAAAUAUUCUUAGAAGCAUUUGUGGAAUUCUUUGACAAAUUUGAGUUUUGAUGGGUAGUUUCAAGAAAUAUCUAUAUGUAUACCCAUGAUUGGUGAUCUAGAGCAUUACACUGCAACUAAAAUAUAAGCACAGCAAUUUUUUUAAAAAUAUUUAUUUUGGAGAGAAACUUUGAGGUUAUGGAGCAGUUUGUAUCAUGCUACUAAUAUUGAUACUCCCCGGUCUACUGUGGGACCACUGCUAAGCAGAGAGGAGCAGUUAGCUGUUUGGCUUUAUGGUCCAGUGAAUGCCUCUUCCCAUCUUUUCUACAGUUCUGUGCACAGACAGUUCAGCAUGACAGCUCUGCUGCCCGAGAUGUAUCAUUUGUCCAGUUACUACAGAUCCUCAUGUAAAGGAAAUGUAAAUCUCUCCCCACUAAGUGCCAACAGGGAGUCCUUAAGGAAUGGAUUGACCUGACUGAGUGUUCUCCCUGUGCAGCCACUUUCUUCAGAAGGGAAGGGAAACCCUCCUCUAGACUCAGCAAGCUAGAAAAUGAUCUGUAGUCACCUGCAGUCAGUGGAAAGGAAUCAGUCAGUACUUCUCAGACAGCUGCAGCACAGCGAGAGAUUGGCUGGAGUUGCUGGGUUUUUAAAGAAACUCAGCACCUCAAUUAGAAAUAACCUAUCCUUGUUCCUUGACCAAAAAAAGAAAAAAAAAAAAUGACUAGUACAGCAAAUGUGGGGUUAAAAUGACAAACUUCUUUCUCAGUUUGACGUUGGUGCUUAAGUGACAGUACAGUUUCUCUCUUUCUGUCCAGCACAGAAUUUCUUGACAUAAGAAACAGAGUUUCUAAAGAAGGUGCUUUGAAGAUAAAAUUAAAUUUUCCAUUCACUUCCAGAGAAAGACUGUUUGAAUUCCAUCAUUUUUCAUUUUUUAUUGAUUCUCUUGCGUAUUUGCAUAAUUUAAUCCUGUCUGUUGUUCUAGAUCUUUUUUCAAUACUUUACCUGCUACCGUUUUUCAAAUUUUCCUUUUACAGUUACCUUUCAGCCAGGGGAAAUACAGUAUUUCUAUUAACUUUUUUCAGUGUUUCAAAAUCAAGUUCAUUCAUUUCCUGUUGUUGACUUUACACACACACACACACACACACACGGACACACAUGCACAUACCUAUACUUUAAACAGUUCCUUAUCUUAUUAAACAUGGUAAUAAGCCCUUAUCUAAUGAAAGGCUGUUCUGCUUUAUUUAAAGGGAAGGCGAUCGAGCAUUGAGCUGCUUGCAGUAUGUGAGGAGCCAGAUUUUGAACUGAUAGGCGGCCGCGGCAGGACAGCUGCCUACACAGUGUCGUAGACACUGGAUGCCCCGUGGGGCACAUUGUAAAUACGCCCUACAGCUUCUAAGCCAGCAGGAAUUUUCCACGAAAUGCCCAAACUCCCAUUUGCAGCCUAUUUUCUAAUUUUUAUCUAGUUAUUUUCCUUUCAGUUGAUGCUUUCCUUUAGAAUUGCCACCUAAACUCUUUUCCCCUCUUAAGCGUAUGCUGUCUACAUGAAUUUCUCGUUCUUGCUCAACAUUUCUGUGGCAUAGGGCUUAAUUCUGGACUCAUAUUUAUUUUCCUCCUCUGAGAUCUUUUCUGAAUGGGUUGACUUUUUUAUGCAGUAACUUUUUUCCUGGUGCUGGAUAACAGGCUUUUCAUACACAGCUUUCCCUGUUCACCGCAUGGUGAAGCCCCCAGUCCACAGCUGUGCCGCUGUCCUGGCUGUGGGUGGCACAGCUUGUGCUGUGGGGCAGGCACUAUUAAGUCCAGGAGGAGCUGUUUGUUCUACCACACCUGCACAUGCAGAGCAGAUUCAGCAAGACUACAAAAACACGAGGUCAUGUUAAUGUUCACGCUGUUUUCAUUGUUCUGCCACAAUCCACAAUAUGAAGCAUCUUCAGUUUCCAGGAAAAGAAAUAUUUAAAAACAAAAACCUGCCUAGUAGAUUUCUGUCCUUUUAUAUCCAUGGCCUGACAAACAGUAAGGAUCCUCACUACUGGAUUAAGGGACACUUCCAGAACCACCCUACUUCUAAAGUAGCCCUACCUUCAGUAGCUGUGUAGCAGUUUCUUCAUGGUUAGGUACUUUUAUCUGUUGUGGAAGGUAGUGCCUUCUUUGGCUGCAAAGAUUUGGAGAACCCUAGGGGUGCAAAGUUAAGGGUGGGAGGCAUGUUUAGUUCCCUCUCAGCACUGGCAUCGAUUAUGAACCUUGGUAAGUCACUGAGAGAUCUUUUCCAGGGCGUGAAAUGCAGGAUGGGAAAGAGAUAAAAAGCAGCAAGCUUUAGCCCUGCAGCCAGCCCUGGCAUAAAGGCAGAAUGGACAUCCACAUGCAGAACCCAAAAGUCAAGCAUGUAGGAGAGCUCAGAUGGUCACUGGGCAGGUGGUAGGGAAAGAGGUACAGGGUGCCUGAGGCAGAUCUGUGUCCUUCACAUGUUCACUAUGUGUUGGCUUUGCAAGUGCUUCAUGGUUCAGUGGCAUGUCCUUGAUUCUCUGUUCACAGAACCUGUAUCAUACAGAGGUGCUUCAAGGGUGGCAGAGUUUUGGUCAAGGGCUCCAUAAUUUUAUGUUCUUAAGAAUCCUUGGAACCAAAAGUAGGCAGAUUGUCUUGUUUGGUUUCAUUUACAAAAAGGCAUACAAUGAAACUGAGUAAUCUUGUUAAGAUAAUGUGCACAAAAACAUCAAGUUUCAGAGUUUAUAAAAAAGGAUAUAUAUACACACAGAUCUACAUUCACUUUAGGGUUUAGCCUUUUAUAAAUUUCAGGCUGUGAUUUUUGUUUUGAUAAUUAAGCUCUAAAAUAAUGCAAAUAGCCCCAAAUCUUUAAAUAUAGCGGUGCUAAGUUAUAUCGAAUAACACAGUACAGAAAGCACUGAUACAAAUUAAUACUUACUAGUAAUGAGUUCCUGCUAAAUUGUACAUGUGUAUCACUGCCUGAUUAGAAACCCCACUUUUCUAAUUCAGCACAAAAUUGACGUGAUUCUACAACCAGUCUUUUUAAUGGGUAAAAAUGACCAAACACCUUUGUUUUGUAUGGAAAACUUUUAAAAACCCUAAUUGCAAAAGUGCUUAACAAAAUGUUCAUUCAGAAUAAGCAUGUACUUUUUUUUUUUUUUUGGAAUAGUUGCCCCUCCAGAUUAGGAUCCUCAAAAGACAACUUUCAGAAACUAGGUGUUCUACCUGAUCAAUGCACCUUGUGUGCUGGCUGGUGUAGGCCUGUACUUGUGUUUCCCACGUCCGCUGUGUCUGAGGCAUGAUGCCCAUCUGCAGAGGAGGACAGCUACCUGGGAGGUGUUCAUAGCAUGGUUUCACUUUUGAUACCCAGGCAAUCAUGUAUAUACUUAGAUUUGCAUCAUUUUAACAUUCUCUCUGCUAGCUAUGCUGCACUUCAGGUUCUUAAGCUAUUUUCAAAAUUAUUGGGUUUUGGUAAAACCAACGGAAAUGUAUAUGGCAACUGCUUUCCUGAGCAAGUGUGAUUUGUUUUAUGGCUGUUCAAGUUAUAAAAUUGUUCUUCACCUUGUAAGUAAACAACAUCUUGCUGUUUUUAAAGGUCACUGCAACUUGAGGUUUAAACUUCUGGCACAAUUUUAUUAGUAUUCAUUUCCAAAGCUAAUACAAUACUACAGUUUUGUAUGUUACUUUCAUUGUAACAUCAAUAAAGUGACUUUCAAUAAAAGAUUUGUUAUUUUGAUGCAUAA